ACGCCAGAAUGGUGCGAGAUGAUGUCCAAACCAAACCCCAUGUCCACCUUACAAACAGUAUACAUUUUAAGCAGUUGGAACUUUCCGUUACGAAAGAACAGUCCCUGUACUGAAAUAGCGGUAGUCGUCUUGCGUUUCUCACGCUACAAAUUCAAACUGUGUGUAAGAUUAAGAGUCGCUGGUAUGGCUGAUUUAAUCAUCGCUGCUGACUUCGUACACAAUUAAAAUGUAGCCCAAUGGAUAUGUGCGCAGCACAUUAAAUCACCGGAUUUACGAACAAACCUGAUUCAAACAGUCACUUGUCUAGCGGAGAUUGUCUUGUUUCUGUCGACACGGGUCUGACAUGGGCUUGUCUUGUAUUCCUGGAAGCUAAAUCAAUAUCAAGUGGACGCAAGGUAUUCUUUAUUGUAGGGACAAGCCGUGGAAGUAAUUAAUUUUUGUGCCACCAAAUUAAUAUUUUUGAUUUUCAGCCAACAACGCGGCUUUGACGUAGAUAGAGCUGACAGGUUUUUAUAAGAAACCAGACCAGGAGCGACACAGCGUGCACGCUGGAACAGCAAGCGAACUUUCUGCGUAGUCCUUGUACCACAGCCCUCUCGCGAAGGCAGUCGCCUACUUCAUCCUCAGUCCCGAGCUCGGGAUUCUGAACCACAUACCUCAUCGCGUGACGAAGCGAAUCCUGCACGACAGGUUCGACUCUCCAGUCAAGUUCGCAGCCCGCGAGCGCAGAACAUCGCCAGUGACCGUUUCCCAGUGACAGGUUUUCGGCGCUGAAAAGGAGCGAGCAAGGGCGCGAGCAGGAGCAAUGGAGCUGACCACUGUGUCCGGCGUCGAUUUCGCCGACCUGUAUUCCGUGAUCCCCUUCAAUGUCAGCUUCCAGGAGGACCCGAUGGGCUUCUUUCCGAACAGAAGCAACACGGAGCAGGCUCCGGUGAAGAGUGCGACGGGCAUAAUAAUCGCUAUAUCCAUAACGGCCCUCUACUCGGUCAUCUGUGUGGUGGGACUUCUCGGAAACAUUCUCGUAAUGUACGGAGUAGUGAGGUACACCAAGAUGAAGACCGCCACCAACAUCUACAUCUUCAACCUGGCGCUGGCCGACGCACUGGCCACCAGCACCUUGCCGUUCCAGAGUGCCAAGUACCUGAUGAAAACCUGGCCGUUCGGAGAACUCAUCUGCAAGGUGGUGAUCGCCAUCGACUACUACAACAUGUUCACCAGCAUCUUCACGCUCACCAUGAUGAGCGUAGACCGCUACAUCGCCGUGUGCCACCCGGUGCGCGCGCUCGACUUCCGCACGCCCGUCAAGGCCAAGAUCAUCAACGUGUGCAUCUGGAUCCUGUCCUCCGCCAUCGGCGUGCCCAUCAUGGUCAUGGCCAUCACCAGGGUCAAUGACAAGGGUAAAACCAUCUGCACGCUGAAGUUUCCCGACCCAGACUGGUACUGGGACAUGGUGACCAAGAUCUGUGUGUUCAUCUUUGCGUUCGUGGUGCCGGUGCUGGUCAUCACCAUCUGCUAUGGGCUGAUGAUCCUGAGGCUGAAGAACGUGCGGCUGCUCUCCGGCUCCAAGGAGAAGGACAGGAACCUGCGCCGCAUCACGCGCAUGGUGCUGGUGGUGGUGGCCGCCUUCAUCAUCUGCUGGACGCCCAUCCACAUCUUCAUCAUCGUCAAGACCCUGGUGGACAUCGACCAGAAGAACCCCUUUGUCCUGGCCAGCUGGCACCUGUGCAUCGCCCUGGGGUACACCAACAGCAGCCUGAACCCCGUCCUCUACGCCUUCCUGGACGAGAACUUCAAGAGGUGCUUCCGGGACUUCUGCCUGCCGUUCCGAGCCCGUAUGGACCAGAACAGCUUCUCCCGGGCGCGGACCACCAUGCGGGAGCCCGUUUCAGUCUGCGCCCCGGCGGACGCGGGGAAGAAGCCGGUAUGACUAGACAUGGGCCGGGUCCCCCAGGGCUCGCGGCCCCGGAGGGUCCAGCAGGACCUGCAGUCCGAGAUCACGCAGAUCUCCACCACCGAGUUCUGAGCGGGAGGAGGGGCUCGAACCCUCAGCCCCGCCCCCACACUCCUCCGACUCCUCCCCCUCAGAACUGUGACUGACCAAACAUGCGAAGAAGAUAAAGCGCCUCGCUUGGCCCGUGACACACUCUGCGCAUGGAGGGCCACGUUUCCCAUUGCUUCCCGAAUCCAAGAGUGAAAUCCUGACAUUUCCCACAAUGUUUACAGCACAGACUUUGAGGAAACAGGCUGGGGGUGGGGAGGGGCGAGGGGUAUCCAAGGGGCUUAUGACCCAAAAAAUUACGAGACUGGAUUGUUCCAUACUGAACAUUUAUUGUUUCAAAGACUAACAUCACAAAGGUGAUAUCCCUGUCCAUCCUAAAAUGAAAGGGAGAGGUGCUG